AUGAGAUUCUACAUAACAAUGAAUUACUGUCUGUUAAAUGGUAUCUUCGGACAUAUGUUGAUGAUACCUACGGAUCCUGAGGAAGAUGCCAUGUACUCUAAGAUUCAUUGUGCAAUUCGGUGUGAAAAAAAGGUGGAAGAAGAAAUUGUGAGAGCACUUGAAAUAAUUGUUUCUAAAGAAUGGAUCAAAAGUGGCACAUCAGUGGAGUUUGAACCCAUCGAGAGACAUUGUUCGGAGAACAAUUCCAUCAAUGAAUGUCUAAACGUGACAACAUCAAAUAUGAAAUGCUUUUGGAGUGAAAAAAUCAACAUGUGCAUUAAUAGCAAUGACAAGGAUAGUCAUAAAUCGAAUGAAACUAAUUACCGUGUUCAAAACGUGACAUCUGGGAUGACUGAACACAAUAACACACUUCAUUAUCUUUAUAUUGUGAUACCAAUAGUCGUGUCAUUUUGUGUUUUAUGCAUUGGAUGUAUUAUUUGGCGAUGGUUAUAUAAGAGAAAGAAAGAACAAGAUUUUUGA